AUGUAUGUCGCAAGAGACACAUGGCCGAUGACCCUAACGAUGUGGACGCGCUCAGGACAGACCGCAAAUUUGUGGCGAAUUGCACAAACGCCAACAUCGAGGGUGCAUCCUCAGAAGAUGCUGUAUCGUGCACUCAGCAAAUUUGGUGAUCAGUUCGUCUACCCCGUUCUGCCAGCAUUUGCCAAACCCAUAUGGGAUCAUCCAGCUGGACCAAAGACGUUGUUUUUCUGGGCCCCACUGAUGAAAUGGGGUCUAGUAAUUGCUGGUAGCAAAGACUUAAAACGACCGGCUAGUAAACUUUCCGUUUAUCAGAACAUCGCUCUCUUUAUCACAGGAGGCAUAUGGACUCGAUACAGUUUUGUAAUAAUUCCUGUGGACUACAGUCUGGCCACUGUGAAUUUUCUCGUGUGCUCAGGACUCUCACAACUAUGUAGAAUUGUUCAUUACAAGUCUAUUGAAGUUAAUCAUUCCUUAGUCCGAAAAGGAAACUAUGCCGUUAAAGUUCCCAGGAUCGACUUUCUCUUAACCUCGGCAUUUGAAUAUGAAUGUGUCGUUUUCUUGUUCAGCAAUCGCGAAACAGCACACAUUUACUUCCAUAAAAACACAAUACAAUACAACGCUAGCUGA